UUGAGUAGUUUGUAAAGUUUGUUUGUUGUUUGAAUCUUAUCAUGUAGUAUUGUUUUUGUUUAUUCGUGUCCGAAGUUGUUAUUUGGUUAAAAGUCUUAAUUAUGACUGAACUGUUAGUCGAUGGAGGGUGAUGAUGAUAUAGUUGGGUUUGAAAAUAGUGAUUUGAUCUGCGACUUAAAACCCUAAUCAUGUCUUUUGCAAAAAGAAAUGAUAACUCGUUUUCAAAAGUCUUCUCUCAGAAUCAUCAGCAUGAGUCAAAGAAGAUAAUCUUCAUAGAAUUAACCACUGUUCUUAUCGUUGCUGCCUUCGUUGUCUUUAAAUUUAUUGCUCAUUUUUGGCCUGAAGAGUUUGAGUUUCCAACUGUAUCUGAGGUUUACGAUCUUCAUCUCUUGCUCGUUGGUUGGCUGAGCAGUCAUCUCGUGGUCAGUACCUUGGUCAGCUUUGUCACAUGGCAUCUCAUGUACUUUGACAGUGCUGUUCCCGGGAUAAACCCUCCUACGCCUUUAUCCCCGUCUAAAUACAGAAUGGUGUCAGGAGCCAAUUUUCACCUAAAUUUCAUAUUUGCCAUCGCCAUUGGACCAGUAGUGUCGACAAUAAGGUAUUUUGAGUUUGCUUAAGCCAUAUUUUUGUUGAAUACAAAUUUCAAUAUUGUAAUAAUUAUGCAAUAGCAAUCUUGUCAGAAGCCUUCACAACUUUUUGUAAAAAUGUUGAAGUGAAAACGGGCAAAAGUUAUCAAUUAUUUAUUAUGAUGGGAUGAGGAAAACUAUAUUUUGGUUAAGAAUAAGAUUCUCUAUUUGCAUAUUAAUAUAGGUCUAUGGCUAACAUAUAUACUGGUUCACAAAACUGUAAUUGUUUACUGCAAAGGCUUUGUUAGCUAAAUGUCUGUUUAGCAAAACCUCUUUAAAUGUGUUUAGUUUUGGCACAAAUAUGUGUCUAGCAAUGUUUUUUGUUUAUCAUAAACAAAAAUGGUAAUUGUAAUAACUCUUGUUUGAUGUAGCUGUGGCAUGGCCAUAAAUUUAUUCGGUUUAAAAUUACUAUUCUCUUAUGAGUAUAAUUAAUAUGAAAGAUUUUGUGAUAACAUUUUCACAUUAUCAAUAGCCUAAUAACGUUGUGCAAUGUUAAGUCGGAGUGCAAUCUGUUGAAAUGAUCUGUGUUUGUAAAUUCAAAGGUGUUGCUUCUCAAGCUCUGUGUACCUUUCGAGCCUUAAGUAAUCAAAUUGUUAGAGGUAAAAUAUUUUCAAGAUCAAGUUUAAACAGUAUUUUUAUAAAGAAAGUUCCUUAGCUAUAAAGAGUUACCUUUUUGUCAGUGUAUUUAUAUCGUAAAAAAGAACAAUUAACGACUUCAUAUCAGUACUGAGUUUUCCAUUGUGGUGCAUAGGCCUACCAAGUGUGCUCUUAAAACAAAAACUGAGUGAAUGUACUAUCCUGAAUGUGUUUCUUUUCUUACUUGCAAAAUGAAUAUUAAACAUUUUUUACAGUUUAAACCGAACAGCUUAUCUUUCUAACGUUAUAGAUUUUCCCACAUAAAGUUAUUCUGAAUAAACAACACUUGAUCUUUUACCGUAUACUUUGCAGAUAAGCUUUAAAAUAUAUUUUCUAUCCUUGAUUUAUUUUCUCUUUACCUUUUGUACGUACUCAACUUAGACGUAUCGGUUGAGUUUUUAUGAGUUAGAUCAAUAUACCAAUUUUUUCAUAAGAUCUGAAAUUUUACUCUGAUGUAAUUGUUCUUUUUGAUUUGCCGAUUUUAAAAACCCACAAUCUACAAUUCUGAUUCAUAUAGACUGUUUUACAGAGACUUGACUCUGAUAGAAACAUUUUGAUUCACAACUUAACAAUGAUUGAGAAUCAAUAAAAGCUACGCUACUGUUUACAUUAAGAUAAAUUGUUUAAUAGAAGUUAGACUGUUCUGCAUUCCUUUACUUAUAUGAAUACACUUAAAAUUUCUACCUCAUUCUUUUUAUCAAUAUACUUUUUUAUAGACUAUUAAAGUUUUGUAAUAUUUAGUGUCACAGAGUCUAACGCUUUGGUAACAUUAUGAUACUAGCCUACAUAUUUAUUUCCAUUAAUAUUUAAAAUGAACAAAAUAAUUUUUUUAAAGCAUUUCACUACUUUAUUGCCUUAUAGAAUGUAUCAUACUAUGAGGUGUAUAUGUAACAUGUAGACUAAUAUUAUAUUUUGAACAAUUAUUAGUUUAGGAAGAAGUUGUCUAAUUAUAGGUUAGGAACGUUAACAUGAAAAAGUUGUGCAUUGAAACAGUGUGCUCAGAAGUGUGCCUGCUUUAAGUUACUAAAUUGCUAUUAUAUUUUUCAUUAAAACCAAUCGGCUAUUUAGGAAUUUUUAAAGGCAUAGAGUUUGGCUAGCGUCUGGGAAAAUGGCUAGUCCAGUAGCUAAUAGAUAACUCAAUAAAAGAACACAAAACAUAAAACUGAUGUUUUUUAUCCCAAAGGCGCAUUUAUACCGGAGUUAGGAACAUGUGUUUACAACUACGGUACCUAAUGUUCCUAAAAAACCAAGACACAUUAUGAUGUUGGAAACAGUUUUUUAGUGUUUACAACAGAAAUGUUUUCUACCAGAAGUCGAUAAAGAUCAAAGGGUGUUCCAAACAUAAGAACGAAUGUUUCUGUACUUCUACGCUGUUCAUAACACUUCCCUGCUACCUCCUGCGCCUACCCACUACAACAUUACUAUCUCGAGAGGGACUGACCUCGUGUUCUCGGGAAUGGUGAUAAAAUAGUUCCCAACAAAAUCUAAGAAAAGUACACUAUCUGUUGUAAACUUUUGUUUUAGAAACAAGUUUUACCAACAAAAUGUUCCAAAAGUUUUGUUCCAAACACUGGUAUAAAUGUGGGUUAACAUAGGGCUUCAUUUUCUUUCUAUUAGCCCUUAAAACUACUCUAAUUUACUCAGGUAAGCUAGCCCACCUCUAUUCCUUUUCCAAAAAAAUUCCUACAUUGCUAAAUAUUAAAUUUAUUAAUAAAAUAUAUCACUCUAUUAUUUUUUAAUAAAAAUUAUACAGUACCAAACUAUAUUAUGGACUGUUAUAAUAAUUGCAAAAAUUAACCCCGGGAAAUAACAGCAGAUUGGAGUGGAAUAUUAUUUGUAGGGCUGAUAUAUUUGUCUACUUUAAAUUUACAAAUGUGAUAAAACUAUGGGAAAAUCACUAGAGUCCUAUAUUGAAAGUUUUACAUUUAUGUGAUCUUAUUUUGUUAUUUUUGUUGUUGUAUUAUUUAUAGUUUACUUUUAUUUCUAAUAGUUUAUUUCUGACUGUAAUUACCCACCUUAGAUUCACAAAGUCUCUUUACAUCUUUGUAAUCGUAACAUAAUAUUUAAGUAGCCAUUGCAAUAUAAGUAGUUUAUUUUCGUAGAAUAUUUAUUUAUAGAGGCAAGAAUGGAUACUUUUUUAAUUAUUUGUGAAUACAUUAGGACCUCAAUAACUCGAACCUAGAUAUCUCAAAUGCCUAUACAUCUCAAUUAUUUCAUAAUCCCCUUGAAACACCAGUAAAUCACAAUGUAAAAAAUACCAUUAAGUCAAAGGUUUUAAAUAUUUAAAACCUUGAUAAGUAUAAUUUUGAUGUAUUGUGAUCUGUAAUACUUAACCUCCAUUCUAUUGUCCGAUGUUUCUCUCAAAUUCUACCUUCUUAAGUCGAAGUUUCACGACGUACCUCAAUUAAUCAAAGUUUUAUGUCAUACUGUGCAAGUCAGCUGUCUUUGAUUCUUGUUGAGACGUGAAAAUUCAUCUUCUUUGUUUAUUUGGAUAGCUCUGUUGUGUUAGCCUGUUAGUUAUUGAUAUUAUUUUGUGAUUAUUUUAUUACGACACACAACAAAAAAUAAGAGUGAUAGGCAUUAUAUAACAUGUUAAAGAAAAAAAGUCUUAAUUGUUUGGGAAUGUGGAAUUAUGCCUGACAUCUUACUUACGAUUUUGGAAAACCGGGAAGAGUAUGAGGCUGAAGGUGAAUUGUUACGCCGUGUUUACAGACGCAAGUCAGCAAAUAAAAUAGAUCUCAAGUUUAACAUAAAUUGUCAAUGCGAUUGAAUAAAAU